AGCCAAUGUCUAAACAUGGACGCAAACGAUUCAGUCAAAGAACGGUUGCGUUGUAGGAGAGCCACACAACAUUCAAUGUUGGAUCAUGUAGCUACAGUAGCGUGUCCUCAGUACAAAAGUAGUGACCUAGAUUUCCCUCUUGUGAUGUGGUUAGGUUUCUACGAGCGGCUGUGUAGAAAUCUUCCCAUUCUUGAGGUCCAAAACAGACAACAAGUCCUGGAGCUAACUCGCGGUUUACGUGGGCGUUCAGCCUAAAAAGCAACAACUUCUGCAAGGACUUAGUUCUGAGUUUAAAUUCACGCUAAAACUACCAAAAUGGAGAUUCGCGAAGGGGCAGCAGCAGCAGCAGUAGGCGACAACGUGCUUGACUACUCCCGUUUGAGCCUGGACACUUUCUCCGUCGACAGUGUUAGCGACGAGAGGAAGAAGGACACAAAACAGCUCUACCUGAACUACAACCGGUUAGCCUCGCUGCCCUCGUCGGUCAGCCUUUUCUGCAACCUCGAGUUUUUGGACAUCAGCAACAACGGGCUGUCGGCCAUCUGUGAGGGGAUAACACGGCUGCCCAGGCUGAGGCAGCUGAUAGCCAAGAACAACCGACUGGACGAGUUCUCGCUGCCCAAAGAGUUCGGCUCUCUGCAGCUGGAAGUGUUGAACUUUAGUGGGAAUAGAUUCGAGGAGAUACCACUUCAGUGUAUGAAGCUGGUCCGUCUGCAGUCGCUUUCCCUCGGCGGAAACAGACUGAAAAGCAUACCUUCAGAGAUAGAAAAUCUAACCAGUCUGGAGCUGUUAUAUCUGGGUGGAAACUUCAUCACAGCCAUUCCUCCAGAAGUGGCUAACCUGCCCUACCUCAGCUACCUGGUCCUGUGUGACAACCGCAUCCAAAGUGUCCCCCCACAGCUCACCAGGCUCUACUCAUUGAGAUCUUUAAGUCUCCACAACAACUUGCUCACCUACCUGCCGAGGGAGAUCCUCUCCCUUGUGCAUCUGCAAGAGCUCAGUCUCCGUGGCAACCCACUGGUCGUGCGCUUUGUCAAGGAGAUGACCUACGACCCUCCGUCGCUGCUAGAGUUGGCAGCACGCACCGCCAAGAGCCGGAAUGUUCCCUACUCGCCCUGCGACCUGCCCUCCAACCUGCUCGGCUACCUGGACCUGGCCAGCAAGUGCCCCAACCCCAAGUGUGCCGGCGUCUAUUUUGAUUCAUGUGUGCGCCAGAUCAAGUUUGUGGACUUCUGUGGAAAGUACCGGCUGCCCCUCAUGCACUACCUGUGCUCCCCAGAGUGCACGUCUCCAUGCAGCUCCAACCCCCAGAGCGACGCAGAGUCAGAGGACGAGAGCAGCGUGCCCGCCUACCGCCUGCAGAGGGUGCUUCUGGGAUAGGACGACGUUAUGGAGCAGCCUCUGAGCCUCUGAGCCUGUCAGUCCUGUCACUGUUAACCACUUAUACAGAGAUGAACCUGGCUGUCAGACUUUACUCCACAUAAACUCAGACACACAGUAAUGCUACUUUACUGUCUGGAACAACUUCCUCCUACGGACCUGGAAACGUAUUGACUUCAUUUUAUUGAAAUGUAUAGAAGGAAUCCGUUCUCUCACCACAUAUUACACUACGUAAAACAAGUGAAAGUAGCCUUGCAAACCCACAAUCUGUCAAAGUGCUGGUCUCAUGGUCGAGCAUACGAUGGCAGUGAAACUGUGAAAGUGAGUGAAGGAGCGACAGGGCUCUUUUCGUUUUCAAUGCAGCAAACAUUAUCUUUUGACACAUGGUGCUUUUUAGUAGCCAAAGUACAUACAUUUUCUGAAAGUUUGCAUAUGAACAAUUGUAUGUAUUUGGUCUUGCUACUAGUGACACACAGCCUUCCUCCUUCUGGGUGAGCAUCAAAGCUGCUUUGCCAAUUAGGAUGAAAAGUCUAGGAUUUAAAAAAAAAAAAGCUUUGUUAAAACUCUACCCAGUACAAUGUGUGAGAUGGUCUUAUUUACACUGUGUGUGGUUGUGUUGUCCCGAACAAAAUGAAAAGAUCAAGGUUUAUCUGUUUGUCUGCACCAUGGUCAACUCACAACAGCCUUGUUUGCUAUCAUGGCAUAGUAAAUGAAUCAAGUAUAUGGGUUAUGUGAGAUUGCUGAAGAAAACUUGUCCAGGCCUGUGAAAACCAUCACUGUGUAACAAAAGCUAUUGAGUGUGACACGGUAGCCUUCAUGUUUGUGUUCAGGUCAGUUUUCUCUUGACAAAAGAAUAUAAAUGUGUGUAAACGGAGCCAACACUGCAGGUCGUUUUGAGACAGAAACCAUCAUUUCAAACAGGAAAUGGCUGUUUCUUAAUCUCUGCUUCAUCUUCAUUUGUGUGUGCUGGGAGAUAUCAGACCGGUUGUGUUUUAGGUGAGGAGUGAGGAGCCCUUGGCUUCACAUUAGACCUUUUUUAAUGUUUAGAAAACAGAAGAAAGCUCCUCUAUGUUACAGUAACACCUACAUGUAUACUAAAGUAUACAAGUGCCUUACUAAUGGUGAGUUCUAACACAGUAAAACGGAGUGAGAAGAAAUGUGAUAUAUGCACCCUGAAAUGUGACAAAAUUAACUUUAUGAAUUAGUCAUCUUUUUGUAGUGAUUUUGUACUCAUUAUCUUAACAGCAGCAAAGAGAACAAAUGCCUUUUCAAAGCAAAAUUAAAUGUUUUUAUAGAAAUUCUUUUUCAAAUAUUAAAAAUAUUAUUUUAAAGUCUGCAGAAUAGAUGACACUUGAACAGAAAAUAUAUAGAGAUAUAUUAAUUGUAUUUACUUGUACCCCAUUCAGAUAAUGUAAGUAGAUUGUACAGAAUAUAAUCACAAUAAUAAAGACUGAUUGUUAUAUCUUUAAAA